AUGCUAUCUGGGCUGGAACAAUACUUGGGGAUGGAUGAGCUCCCGCCGAGCCCAAGUUCCGGAGAUUACUAUCCUGAGGAGCCGAGCUCAAGCGAUAUAGCCGAAUCUUUCAGAGAAAAAGAUACAUCUCGACCAAAUGGAUUAAUGAUGCUUCUAUCUGGAAAGCAAAAGACUAAGCGAAACACAAAAAAGAAAACGAGCCCGCCAUCCACGAGUGGAGAGGACUCCAUUGAACAGUCUGGCCAGAGUUCUUUCGUUGACGAUGAUAUUGUGGAGUCAGUAACAAUCAGCCAGGAGAAAUCAAUUCAGGGCACUAUGCGCACAGAUGAGAUCAUGGCUCUAGAGAAGCGAGUUUAUUCCUCUGCACAGUCCGUAUCUGCUCUUGAUCUUUUACAGAAACAUCAGAAGCCUCUGAUCGUAGAUGAAGAUGUGACCAUCAUAAGCGAGUCAAAAGACUCGCUAGCGUUGCUUGAGAACAGAUUCUCAGCGGCUAGGACGGUGAAUGCAAGAGAUUUGUUUCUGUCCUUUGGGCCCAAGAGUUCCAAAAAUAAAAAAGGAGAAUGGACUUUAAAAGUGUGUUUGAAAGUCAGCCCCGACAAAUUAGCUGCGAUCAAGCCCCAGAGACAGAUUGCUGCCGCAAAACCAUCGCUAAUAGUGACACUAAAGGUUCCCAUUGUGGCAUUACGCGAAAUUCAACGAACACUAAAUCCUUUGUUUACACGAAGUUCUGGUAAUGACAAAGGUAAGAAUGCCAAUAACGUCUUUGCGAUGAUGAUGAAAACAGCCACCAAAAAUGCGCUACCAAAACUCACCGAUCUACAAAAGCUCAAUGGAUUGGAGCCGCCCUCAAUCAAGAGGAAUGAAAUGCAUGUCGUAGCUGAUGAAAAAACUACGGCGAAUCUUGGCCUCAAUAUCUCUGCGCCUUUACGCUUUCCAGGGCAGGAGUCCUUGGCAAUUGAAGGAUCAAUGGAUCUGCUUCUUGAUAAAAAACAAAAUCUACAUCAUCUGCAUCAAUUUUCUUUCACAUAUACGACUACUCUUAUUGAAGAUUGUCGUAUUCCUAGCAUUAUAUCAACAAAUGCCCCGCUAGCCUCGAAUAGUUUGAGCCACAAACGAAUUUAUGAAGAAUUCAUUUCAAAGCGUGGUUCUGUACAAUCAAAUCUUCCUUGGCCGCAGGCGUUCCAACCACCCGACUCGAAGUCCUUACUCACGGACGAGGACUCAAAGUAUUACUUAGAGAAAUGGAUCGAGAACAGUUUUAAAAUAUUGAAGACGCAAUCAACUAGAAUUCCCAGAGAUGUGAAGAAACGAGAACAAUUGCGCAGACAAAAACGAAAGCUCGAUCCAAUGGGUGAUUUUAUAGUAGACGAUUUCGAGGACGAUGGAGAGGAUACAGAGGAAGAUGUGUACCUGCCAGUUCUAAUAAUCCAAGGUGACGUUGGAUCGUGUAAGACUUCUUCUGUUUACGCUGCUAUGAAUGCUUUAAAUGGAUACGUCCAUGAAAUAAAUAGUGGCCAGCAAAGGUCAAGAAAAGACCUUCAUUCAUCCUUGAAAGAAUUUUGCACUACUCAGAUUAUCCAUAAAAGCCGAGAAGAGAAGACAUUUCAGAAGGGAAUUGUUCUCUUCGAAGACUGUGAUGUCUUGUUCGAACAAGACAAGAACUUUUGGACUGUCGUUCUGGACGUAAUUAAUUACUCAAGACGACCAAUUGUGAUCACAGUUCGUGACACCUCUGUUAUUCCCAAGAGCAUUUGGGAAAUGGCGGAGGAGCAAGACUCGAUCAUCACCUCGAAGGUAAACGAUCGAGAGGCAUUGUCACAAUACUUGUGGCUUUGCUGCUUUGCGCAUGGGUGCAUUUUAAAAAAGAAUGUACUUGAACUCAUUUUAAACAAUAGCAUAACAUCGACUGGUUUCGAUGUCAGAAAAUCCCUCAUGAUAGGUCAGCUCUUGUGCUCUGGUAGACAUGGUGCUGACGGAUCAUAUGUGGAGAUAAACACAGUUCCGAGAGAGUACGAAGAUUUACAUCCCCUGAAAGAUUUGCUGCAAGCUACACUUCAACUCGAAGCAAUGUCAAUAUCAGAUAUUCUCAUUAAGAACACUCCUUCAUCUAUGUUGCAUGAGCCAAUCCCAAAUGAACUUCUUGACAUUUAUAUCAUUGAUCAAACUCAUCUCUUGACUCAGCAAACACUUCCUUUUGAACUUAACAUAGGCGAAACGAUAGAGCAUAUGAGUAACACGAGUAUUCCGUAUCAGGAUUGCGAAGGUGAUUUUUCUCACAUCAAAUCAUCCACCAUAGACUUCAUAUCCUCCCGCGCCAAGAAGAUGCCUCGAUUUUUACAGGACAUGUUUGGUACUAGAGCUCAAACAAGAAGCCGGUCGUCCACAGAGUCAUUUGUAGAGGAUAUCGAAGUUCAAGGCCUUCCUGACAACUCUACUUGCUACAGUAUGUCAAAAACAGCAUUUAUUCUAGACCUCGCUCCAAUUUCGAGAGAUUGGGCCCAUUUUCAAACCUCGCUAUUCAAAUUAGACUCUUCAAGGGCGAAAUCUCAAGGUGAAUCUCUUGAAGAAUAUCUCAACUGGAGGAGGUUUCAUGGUAAUUGUGAUGCUGUUAUGAAAACCAUUUAG